AUGUCAACACAAUUGGCGUAUACAUGGGAUACAAGCACACCUACGAUAACUGUAAUAUCAAAACCAAAUUAUCCAGUAUGGAAUAUUCCAUUUCCAGCUGUAACAAUAUGCAGUUUAAAUUUAAUAUCUAAUGUUCACCCUAAUAAUACCACAAUUCCGAAUGAUGAAAUUAUUGAUCAAAUACGAAAAGUUUUGUACUACACAACAUCUGAUUUCUAUAUGGAUGAGUUCGACAAAUUGACAGCCUUGAUGACCUUCAAUAAUAUUACAGUUUCCGAAAUCAAAAGAUCAAUUGCACCAGAUUGUAAUGAAAUGAUUUUAUUUUGUAAAUGGAAAGGUGAAGUAAGAUUGUGUCCAUCUUAUUUUCAAAAAAUCAAUACAUCAGAGGGAAUAUGUUGCUCCUUUAAUUAUUAUGCUGAACCAGAAAAUAAUUUUCCAGCGAAUAUUAAAGCUCAAAUACAAAAUAUACCACAUAAGAUUUCUGGUUCGCACUAUAAAGCUGGUUUAACUGUUUUAUUGGAUUCACAAAUAGAUGAUUAUAUGGCAUCAUAUUUAAGUAGCUAUGGUUUUCGUUUAUUUUUACAUGAUGCUUAUGAUUAUGCUGAUGAAAAUGCUGAAAUAAAAAUGCUUAGCUCAAAUCAAGAAUGUUUCAUUAGAGUUGUACCGGAACAAGUAAAAACAACACAAGCAAUCCGAAAAUUACCAAUUUCCCAGAGGAACUGUUAUUUCCGUGAUGAGUUUAAAUUAGAUUUCUUCUCAAAUUAUAGUUUUAUAAAUUGUGUUGCUGAAUGCCGUGCAUCUAUUAUGUAUAGAAUAUGUGGUUGUAUUCCAUUACGUUAUGCAAGUAAUUCAACAUCUAGAAUUUGUAGUUUUCCUCAGACACCAUGUAUUAUGAACUUUUUAACUCUAAGUCAGAUUACAUUGGAAAAUAAUGAAACAAUUAAUAGAAAUUGUGAUCAUUGCCUACCAAAUUGCGAAUUUAAUGUUUAUCAAGUUGAUUUGAGUUCAAGUCGUUUGAAUACAUCAUAUUCAAUAUCGAAUCGGUUAAUGUUUAAGAAUAGGACAAAAGGAAAUUAUGUGAUCUUACAUGUAUUUUAUGGUGAUUUAUACACAAAUCUUUAUAUUAUGGACUUAUUCCAAGAUUGGAUUUCUACUCUAGCUACCUUAGGUGGAAUCGUUGGUCUAUUGUCGAACAUUAAUCUAAUGAGCAUUUUUGAAUUUGGAUUUUAUAUGUUCUUAAAACCAUUCUUUCAUAUAUUUGAAGAUGAUUCCGAUGAAUCGGAUGCUGAAACUUAA